UGGCAGCCAGCGAGUACACCCCGGAGGAAAGAGCCCCCGAACCACUAUUUUCACCGUUAUACCAACUAAACUCGGGACGCCUGCACCGUCCGUCCCUCACAAACUCGGGCCGCUUUGCAACCCAAAACUUGGAAGAUGUUUCACUGCCGUUUUCUACCUGUCGUGUUUCUCCUGUGCGCUGUUGUUAAAGAAACGGCAACUGCAGAUCCUACUACGCAAUAUUAUUCGAGCGAUGGGGGAACGAUUAACGAGACAUCCACCACUUCUGUCAAUUCACACUUAUCUGUGACUGCAAGCUCACAUACUAGCAGCAACCACUUAAACAGUCUUGCAACUUUACCACAGUCCACCACAUUAGGGAAUACAACUAUAAAAACUAGCACAGAAGAAUCUACAACUACGGAACCAUCCACCGCGCAAGCAGAGACAACCUUCUCCCAGCCGGGAACUGAGUCCAGGUCCACCACAGCAUCAGUCAGCAGAAACGUUACUGAGAGCAGUGACGUGACCACGAGGACCCCGUAUGUCUCUCCCUCUGCUCCAACCAGUGGAUCAACAACCUUCACUGUGAUGCAAGAGACGAGCCAAGCCACCGACACCAUGACCGGUAACACAAAUGUCACUCAUUCAACGGAACCAUCUAGUGGCAAUACAACAGCCUCAUCUACCACCACCAUCCUCAGUACUGGCUCCACCAUCAGUGGCACCACCCAGCGACCAGCAGAUGUCACCACCACCAACUCCACAAUCAGUAAUAGUACCACCAUCAGUAGCACCACCCAGAGACUAACAGAUGUCACCACCAACAACUCAACCGUCAAUACUGGCUCCACGAUCAGCGGCACCACCCAGCAACCAGCAGAUGUCACCACCACCAACUCCACAAUCAGUAAUAGUACCACCAUCAGUAGCACCACCCAGAGACUAACAGAUGUCACCACCAACAACUCAACCGUCAAUACUGGCUCCACCAUCAGCGGCACCACCCAGCGACCAGCAGAUGUCACCACCAACAACUCAACCGUCAGUAAUGGUACCACCAUCACUAGCACCGCCCAGCGACCAACAGACCUCACCACCAACAACUUCACAAUUAGUAUUGGUACCACCACCACCACUAGCACCACCCAUAGACCAACAGAUGUCCCCACCAACAACUCCACCACCACUCUAACAUCCACCUUCACUACUGGUACGACCGUCAAUAGCUCCACCUCCUCCACUGCUCCAACGACCACCAUCAUCGUUAGCACCACCCAGCAACCAACAGACACCACCACCAACAACCCAACCACAACAGCUGCACCCAUCCCUCCAGUCAUAGUGUGUCCUGCCGUCCCGUGCCCACUUGAAAGUGUCUGUCUUAAUGGCACCUGCCAGUGUCUCUCUGGUAGCUUCCUGGUGAAUGGCCGUUGUGCACCUGCCCAAGUGUUCCCUGGCCAGCUUCAUCUCAUCAGCUUGGCAUAUGACAUUAACAUGAGCAACAGGUCCUCAAAAGCAUUCCAGCAGACGGCAAAUCUGAUCUCAGAAUCGCUCAGAGCUGUCCUGAAAAAACAGCGGGGGUAUAAACAAUCUGAGGUUGUGCGACUUGAACCAGGAAGUGUACAAGCAACAGUAAAUAACAUAUUUGAAGACACCGACGUCACUGAAGAGUCUGUCAAUCAGGUCAUAGAUGAGGCUAUAGCCAAGCAAACAAAUGGAUUGUUAAAGAAUGCUUCAUAUACAAACACCAACCUUUGUGCGCAGGAGCCAUUACCCUGUGAUGUCUCAUCUACAAUGUGCACAAAUUCAAAUGGCAAGGCUGUUUGUUUCUGUAAAGAGGGCUACAUCUCCAUCCUGUACUCCAACACCAGCUGCAGAGCAUGUCCAAGUGGGCAGAGGGGAGUGGAAAACGUUUGCCAGCCAUGUCCAUUUGGAUAUUCAGGCUUCAACUGCAAUGACUCGGCGCUGUUGGCAGUGGUGGUCAUCUCCUGUGUGCUGGGAGGUGUUCUCCUCAUUGUCCUCGCUUUGCUCAUAUACGGCUCCUGCAAUAGGCAAUGCUCAAAGAGCAAGCCAGACUACAGCUGCAGUCCAUACUCAGGUGACUUAAACCAGCCCUGGCCAACUGGCGUCACCCCCAUCCCCCGGGCCUCCACUAACUUGGAUGCAGUUCCUCAAAUUGAGAUGUUAGAAGGCACUCGAGUCCUAGUGGACAAAAAUCCAACCAACGGAAUGGGGUUUCAUCUGAAAAUGAAAGGAUGGAAAAAGUCGGGAUCAUACGAUCUCCACCCAGAGGGAAUGCACACCUUCAAAGGUAAAACUCCAUCCCGUUACUCCUAUCUAGUUCAAGGCCAUGAGAACCCCUACUUCUUACCCGGAGACGACAAGAACAACUGAUGAAUUCCACGUUGAAAGGAGGAAAAUAGGAUGCAAAAGAACCUACUGAUUAAAGAAGAUACUUCUUCAAGCACACUUGUUAAGCAUUCAUGAACUAAUGAAAAAUGGACACGUCUGAACUGGGAAACAGCCACCAAAGAGAUUUGUUUGCAGGAAGAUUUUAACAUUUUGUGACUUGUGACACAUCACGUGGAUUCUUUGGAAAUACCUACAUAAUAAUGAUCAUAACCAGUAGAUGCCACUGUUGCUCGGUAUAAAUAUCACACUGUCUACCGAAGCACACACUACAUUUAACGUUUUUAGUAAAUCAUUCUGUUGCGUUUUAAAUGAAGCUUCUUAUAUUGCUAAUUGCACUUAAUCGUAUGUCAAGUUCACCACCAGUUUUAAACCAAAGGUAAAUUGAAUGUGGGCUUCCAGGUGUGAUCGAUAUUUCUCUCAUGGCUACGAUUAUUUUUGAGAGGAACAAAUCUUGUACGACUAAAGGGGCUGGAUCCCUCGUUUGGGAUAUUUUGUAAAGGGAUUUACAUUGUAUGUUUGUAUUUGUUAAAGCUCCACUUGCAACAUGUGCCUGUUUCAAACGUCCGACAAACAGGAAAUGUUCACUGCUGGUGAUAAAGCACCUCCUGAAUGUGCCAAUUAACACUACAUUUUCUGACAAAACUAUACACUAAAUAUAUAUAUAUAUAUAUAUCCAUGUCUGCAAACCUUUUCAUAAGUGGUUCUAAUAUUCGCAAAGAUCUUGGGAACAGAAGGUGUGGGUGUAUGUAUGUGUGCGUGUGUGUUUGC